AUGACUACUGAGCAUAUUGAUGACAGUGCUUGGAUAAGCGAUAAAGAUUCACCAGUAGUAGCUCGUCUCUCUCAACUGAUUAGUGCUUUGACAAAUUUGACUAUGGAAACGACAGAAGAUCUUCAGGUUGCAAAUUAUGGCGUUGGUGGUCACUAUAGUCCUCAUUUUGAUUUUUAUCACGUAACUAUACAAUUUAUUCGUAGAAGCUGUCAAAUCUUCUGCUUUCGUUCAGGUAAUCGAAUAGCUACAUGGUUGACUUAUUUGAGCGAUGUGGAACUGGGUGGUGCAACGGUCUUUCCUAUGGUCGAUGGUUAUAUUGUGCCGAAGAAAGGAAGUGCAGCAUUUUGGUACAAUCUCUACGCAUCUGGUGAAGGUAUGAUAUUUUUACGUUUCAUUGCAUUAAACUGA